CGGCAACGCGACAGUCUAGUUGCUUGGGCUGGGUCAAAGAGACAAGGCAUAAUAGACGGCUACGCAGUGCGCAAGUUACAGCUACUACCAUACUUCGACCGCCAGAAGGACCAGCUAUCAGAAAAACAGAGCGCGGUGAUCGCUCGCAUAGAGGACAAGCAUGUACUGGACGAACACGAGAUGCGUGAAGCACAUGAAGUGGAAACACGGAACAACGCAAUCGCUCUCAAACACAUGGAAGCAUACUGUCGCGGCGAAACAACAAGUGGAGAUCGACAUGAAAGAGCCAUCACCGAUCGGGAUCUCGCCGAACUCACAAAAGCAAGACGAGCACGCGACCAGAUGGAAGCAAAACACAGCGGUGCCAUAAGCGUGCUCAGAGGCGAGCAAAGCAGACGCAUCAGUCAACGACUAGUCAAGCAAGAAGAAGAGCUAGCAGAACUGGAAGCCCGCCAAGUCAAAGAGAUUGACAGUCUACAGCGCGAAUGCGACGAUAUGGUACGCGCAUGGGAUGACGAAACACAAAAGCGACGUGCGAAGCUCGAAACAUGGUGGAACAUACAAGUAGAGAUCUGGCGAAAGAAACUUGAGCGAGAUACUGGCGUUCAAUUCUCU